AUGAAUUUGUGGAUGAUUCGUGAUAUCUCCUUUUCAUCAUCAUCAUCAUCGUCGGGAUGCAGAAUGAUAAUGUUAAUGAUGAUAAUACUUUGUACAUUAUUUUCAAAUGAUAGUUCAAGUCAAAACAAUAAUAAUAGUAGUAGUAGUAGCGAUCAAACUGAUGAUCAUCAUAUUCCAGGACUAAAAAGUCCAUCUUUUAUUAUAUUGGCGGUAGUCGUUGUUGUAAUUCUAGUUACAUUAUUGGUUCUUUUCAUUCUCUAUUGCAAGGUUAGAGAGGAUAAAACAAAUUUCCAACUUUCUAAUACUUGGGAUGCGAUGAAACGAAAGAAUAUUCAACACCAAGUCGAUAAUGGAAGAACUCCAUUAUUGACCGUUGAAGAUGAUGAAGAUGAUUCAAGUAUCAAUAAUAUUAAAUUUAGAUCAACUUUAAUCAUGAUUCAAUAA